UUCUUCUCCUCUCCAGAGACUCCAACUGCAAUCGGUCAAGUCCAACCCAGUGCAUGGACACGGUCCACUGUCUUCUCCCCAGCAGUUCUCGCUUUCCAACUUCCAUUCCCUGUCGCUUCCCUCCCCUGUCUCCUCUUCCCCUCCCCUCCCCGAACUCCGCGCGGGCGGCUGUUAGUCCCAGCGUCCGAGCGAGCACCCCCUGCGAAGGACCGGUCUCCUCUCCCGGCGAAGGACCGGCGUCCGGCUGCUCCGGCACCGGAUGAGCGAGGAAGGCGGUUUCUUGGGCGAGCUGCGGGUCAGUGUAGCGGCGGAGUAGCGGCCUGACUCCAUGAUGUUCGGUUCGAGGAAGGUGGAGGAUGAGAUGGCGCUCACGAGGCAGAGGACCGUCAGGUUCCGUGAUGAGAGGGCAAAACCAACUAUACCCAUCCACCAGAAGCAGCAAGGCCUAGCUGCUAGCAGGCUAGGCUUGGGAAGUUCAGGGGAAAACAAGAUUUUUGUUUCAGGAGAUGACUUAUGGUACAACAAAAUUAUUGAUCCGUCAAGUGAUUUCAUCCUGACAUGGACCUAUGUUUUCCGUGUAUCAUGCUUCAUUGCUCUAUUCAUGGACCCUCUGUAUUUCUAUGUGCCCAAAAUCUUUUAUGCCCCAACCACUUGUGCUGGGAAGGAUAGACGCCUGACCGUCAUCGUUACUGUCUUUCGAUCAAUUGCCGACCUCUUUUAUGUCCUACAGAUGAUAAUAAAGUUCAGAACAGCCUAUGUUAAUCCGAGCUCAAAAUUAGGGGUUUUUGGUCGAGGAGAUCUUGUCACAGAUCCGAAGGAAAUCGCAAAGCAGUACCUGAGAUCUGACUUUAUAGUUGAUUUAGUGGCUUCAUUGCCUUUUCCACAGAUCAUCAUUUGGUCUGUGAUACCAGCUCUCAAAUAUUCUUUGUCUGAGCAUAGCAACGACAUACUGCUUCUGGUUGCUCUUGUUCAGUAUAUUAUAAGAUUAUACCUCAUGGUUUCCUUGAAUAAUAAAAUAGUCAAAACUACUGGAGUUUUCGCAAAGACUGCUUGGCAAGGAGCUGCCUACAAUCUUCUGUUGUAUAUGAUUGCUAGCCAUGUUGUAGGAGCACUAUGGUACCUGCUAGCCUUUGAUCGCCAGAUCACAUGUUGGAAAAAGUAUUGCAAUAAUGAGACUGAUUGCGAGACUAGGUAUAUGGACUGUGGCGUACAACAAGAUCUGAAUUGGAAUGGAACCUCAGUCUUUUCUAUCUGUGAUGCUAAUAAUACUGACAAUCCCAAUUAUGACUAUGGUAUGUUCGAGUCAUUGUUAUACAACAGAACUCCUAAUCAGAGCUUCCUGAAGAAGUAUUUCUAUUGCCUUUGGUGGGGCUUACAGAAUCUAAGUUGUUAUGGCCAGUCAUUGUUGGUGAGUACCUAUCUUGGUGAGACGCUGUAUGCUAUAGUCGUGGCGGUGGUUGGUCUUGUCUUGUUUGCACAUUUGAUUGGAAAUGUCCAGACCUACCUGCAAUCAAUCACUGCAAGGGUUGAGGAGUGGAGAUUAAAGCAGAGAGAUACUGAAGAGUGGAUGAGACAUCGACAACUGCCCCACGAAUUACGGGAGAGGGUGAGAAGAUUUAUUCAUUACAAAUGGCUUGCAACUCGAGGUGUGGAUGAAGAAUCUAUAUUGAAGGCUCUGCCUGCAGAUCUUUGCCGUGACAUCAAGCGCCACCUUUGCUUGUAUCUUGUUCGUCGGGUCCCACUUUUUUCCCAGAUGGACGAUCAGCUUCUAGACGCCAUAUGUGAGCGUCUUGUAUCCUCCUUGAGCACAGAGGGAACAUAUAUUGUCCGUGAAGGAGACCUAGUGACUGAGAUGCUAUUUAUCAUUCGUGGUAAGCUGGAAAGCUCCACCACAGAUGGUGGCAGGACGGGUUUCUUCAAUUCAAUCACUCUCAAACCUGGUGAUUUCUGCGGCGAAGAGCUCCUUGGAUGGGCUCUCGUCCCCAAGCCUACUGUCAACCUGCCAUCAUCCACUCGAACAGUUAAGGCGAUUCUUGAAGUGGAAGCGUUUGCUCUUCGAGCAGAGGACCUCAGGUUUGUCGCCAGCCAAUUCAGGCGCCUCCACAGCAGGAAGCUGCAGCACACAUUCAGGUACUACUCUCACCACUGGAGGACCUGGGCUGCGUGCUUUAUCCAGCAUGCUUGGCGCCGCCACAAGAGGCGGAAGAUGGCCAAGGACCUGAGGAUGAGGGAGUCGUUCUCCUCCAUGACAUUUAAUGAAGACGAUGCCUCCCAGGAACAGAAUCUCAAACUCAUGAGAGGAGUCAGCAUCAUCAAGGAACUCCCUAAGUUCAGGAAGCCUUCUGAGCCGGACUUCUCAGCAGAGCAUGACGAGUGAGGGAUAGCUGCGUAGCUGAUACACAUACAUUAUUUGGUAAGGGCAAGAUGGCUGUUUCUGCUGUGAACAGAUCCUACCUCGUUGGUCUUCCUGCAAACACGCACUGGUUUCAGGCUGACAAGUUACUAUUGUGGAUAAAACUUUCUAACAUCUGGGCACCAACUAAUAUAGGCGAAACAGCUAAGAAGCUGGGUAGUCAGGGUUUCGGUGUUUGAAAGAAAUGAGAAGAGAAGACUGUUAUGUUGUGAAGUAACUUAUCCGUAGCGCAUUUUCAUUGGAUAUGCAUUCAACCGAUUGUUCAUACUGUACGUACAGAUAUAGUUGUGCUUGUGCAAUAGGGACCUCACCUUCGAGUGGAAGAUUGCUGUGUUGGCUGGCCGAGCAGGAUUUGCGUCCCUUGGCCAGGGCUUCAACUAUUCUUUUUUUUUAAGUGUGUAAAUUGCAGCGUUAAUUGUUUGUUUUAGACCUGUAACACCAUACCCGGCUUGGUUAUUCGUUGUAAAAUUUGUGGUCAGAUUAACAAGAAUGAAACAAUGUGCAGAUUCUUUUUAUUUAUGUA